ACAAUAACAACGAAAUUAAAUUCAACAACAAAUAAUUAAAUAAAUAAAUAAUAAAUAAUAUUAAAAAGAAUUUUUUUAAUAAAUAAUAUAAAAAUAAUUAACAAUGGACACAAUGACUGCUAGGGAGUAUGCUGGUAUUCCAGCAAAAUCCAAUGAUUUAAAUGUCAAAGAAUAUAAGAAACCAGGAUUCCAAGAAAGAAAGUUAGACGAAGAUUAUUUCCUUUAUUCAAUUAAGAAUCUAUUAAAAGAUAACUUGAAUGAAUAUCCAGGAAAACAAUUAGACAGACCAAAUAAACUCGACCUUUCUGCAAACGAUGAUAAAGAAUUAGACUUAAUCGAAAAGAAGAUUUGGGAAGAAAAAAACCUAGACCAUGAACAAAGAAAAGAAACAUUCGACCAUUUCUCCUUCCCACCACACAUGAGCCCACAAGAAAAAUGUGUUGACCAAUUAGAACAAGAUUUUGACGACUUUAACAUGCUCUGCCUCAAAGACUGGUUCUCUUCACCAUUAGACUUGAAAGGAUUUGACCGUACCCCAGCCCAAGACAAAGAUGAACUUAAAGAAAUGGCCAGAUGUAAAAACUCACUUGCUCAAGAAAAAUCCAAACUCCCAAAUAAACCACUCAAAAAAAAUAGAAACAAGGCAAGAUUAGGAAAAGUCAAUAAGAAAGCCCCAAAAAGAACUGUUAUUCGUCAAACCAAAACAACUACCACCAGAGUAUUAAAGAAACCAUUAAGUGAAGUUAUGAAUGGUCCAACAACCACCACCGAAAUUAUAAGUGAAACUUUUACAAAAUCAGGAGGUGAUUUUUCACAAAAAAGCUUACCAAAUAAUGAUCCAAAAUCAAAACCAAAAGUUGCUACCCAAGUUUGCUACUCUGUUGACCUUUCAAAAGUAAAUAACCAUUCCUGGGUCUGGGACCAUGGUCAAGUUAAAAAGAUUAACUAA